CAUCCCCAGGACCCCAUCAAAUAUCCAUGUCUUUUCCAGGCCGUCCUCGUAUUGUUGUCAAUGGGGUUCGAAGAAUGAGAACUUUUCACUAUUUCUGGUGCCUAAAUUGCCAACGUACCGUGAGGAUACCCUUUACUAACCCAAAUGAUCACCCUCUCUGCCCCUUUUGCUUCCUUCAACUGCGUUAUGAGCUUGAUAUCUCAUCAAGGCCAAGGCUUCUCAUGAACAAUGUGCCAAGUAACUUGCAACCUUCCCCUGCUUCUCAGAUGAUGCAUAGCUUGUCUCUCAUUCUUGAUCCACCUAGAAGACAAAACAACCGGUUGAACACAAGACAAUGGGAAAUAGAACAUGAAGAUAGUGCUUGGAUUACCCUCAGAUUUGUCAGACCAACACCAGAACACUUGGUUCCUCAGCCCAAUGAAAAUGCCAAUGCCACCCCUUUUGAGAACACAUUAGAUGACUUCAUUGAUGGGAGGAUUCAGAGCAAUCAACCAGGGCCACCUCCAGCAUCAUCUUCAGCCAUUGCAGCCUUGCCAAUAAUGAAAGUGACACAGGCUCAUUUGGCAAGUGAUCCCAAUUGUCCAAUCUGCAAGUGUGAAUUUGAGGUUGAUGAGGAAGUGAGAGAGCUUCCAUGCAAGCAUUUCUACCAUUCUGAUUGCAUUCUUCCUUGGCUGCGCUUGCACAACACUUGCCCUGUAUGUCGCUAUGAGCUACAAGGCGUUGCAAAUGCAAAUUACCUUUUCCAAAAUGAGAAUGAACAAAGGUUUGGAUUUGAAGAUAUCACAAGCACCAUGAACUGGAUUUGGACUCAAGUCUCUUCAUUCAGGCCUAUCCGCACAGUCGUGAAUUGGACACAAUCCUACUUCGAUUUCCAAGGCCGAGGAAACUCUUGGUGGCGAGCAUUGCUCAUUCUAUAGGUUUAUGAAAGCUGAUAGUGGAACCUGAUUAAUUUAUCAUAUUAGAAUUUGCUAUUAAUCAGGUAAAAGGUGCAGCAGGGCACCUCAUUUCAUGAAACUGGUGAUGAAAUUGAUCAAAAAGAUAUUGAAGGCUUCUUCUGGUGUGCAUUAAGUUAUGGAUCAAUCCUUAUUUCUUGUCAAUGACUACAUUUCAAAAGGAGAAGUUCACUUGUGACUUGUGUCAUAUUAUUCAUUAUUUACUGUGUAUAUAUGUCUCCAUUGUGAAUGCUGAUGGUAAUUCGUUAUAAACUGAUGGUCCUUCAUAUUGCAGAAAAUUGUGGAUAAAAAUGACUGUUGCAUUACAGUUUUAGAAAACCUUGAUUUAAAAUCAUGCUCAUCCCAGUU